UCUGCUGCUGCUGCUGCUGCCUCGUCCGUCGAGCACGGUACACACGCUCUUCGGGCUUUUGGUUUUUAGUCUAUAGCCGUGUGCGCGCCAGUGUAUACGUUGCGAGUGUGUGCAUGCCGCCACCGCGCGAGUAUCCAAACGUAUAUCGCACAAAAGAGUGCACCCGACCAGUGCACCCGAUUACAACUGCGCGGAGAAUAAAAGUGUCCGAUAGAGAGAGAAAAAUUGCCAUGUCCUCCCUGUGUCUCUGUGCGUGAGAAUAUUUAUUUAUAUGUUACGUAGGAUAUAAUAAAAGGAUAUCGCGAAGCUUGAAACGGGUGUGCGUGCGUGCACGCGAUCAUAUACGCGCAGAGAGCCGAACCGACUGCCUAGAAGUAGUAGUCGAUCGUGUCGGUGCUAGCGGUGGUGCACGUAGCGCGCAGACGAGCUCAACUGGCGCGAGUCCGUCGUCGAUCGAUCGGUUGCGACACACACGCCAUGCGCGCCUUUAUGCUGCUGCUACCGCUGCUGCUGCUGCUGGCUGAACCCGUGGUGCUACUACUACCGCUGCCACUGCCAACGACAUCGUCCAUACGUCGCUGCAGCCUGCCUCGGUUGUAGUACCUGCGCAUUAAGUACGCCUGCGUGUGUAUACGUUUAUAACCAGCUCUAGGCUUCGCGGUCGAUGACUCGUGUUUGCCGCUGCUGCUGCUGCCAGCUCCUGCCCGCGUAUAGCGCAUAGCGUUAUACCUGCGCCGCGCCGUAUACGUUUGUGUACACAACGGCAUAGCUCCCGUAUACCGAUCGUCGUGCCAAUCCAGAGAGCUCCUGCCGGUCCACUGCUCCAGUGCUCCGAAAUUAAUCGUGUGCCAGUGUCCAUGUGCCUUUUACACCGCUCUCUUUCUCCGCGAGCGAGCCUGUGAUUGUGCAUUCAUGCCUCCUUCGUACAUGUGCCAGAGCGAUCGUAAUUAUAUAUAUGCUCCUUGUUGCGUGUGUGUAAGUGUGUGCUUUAAAGUCAGUGCUACUUUACUUGGCCGCGACCUGCAGCAGCUCCUGUUGAAUUACAAUCUCAAGGUUGCGCGUAUGUGCAAUUAAGCAACCGCGCGACACAUUGUCUGUGAUCCACGCGAUCGUGUGCAAUUUUUCUUUCUAUUGUUAUAACGUGUGCAUCGAUACGUCUCUGCAGUUGUUUUUACUUUCUUGCGGAGUAGUGCGAUCCUGACAGUUAUAGCCAUCGUCAACUUUGUUUUCCAAUAUCAAUAACAAUAAUGGUGCCGAGGUUGGCUUAGGUAUAUUUCAUUGCGAGCGUGAACCAAGGAACUCGAGACUGCAACCGGCUGGCGUGCACAGGCAGACAAGAUUUUCUCGAUAUUCACACGCCGAACCUCUGCUCCUUUUUUGUUUACGUCGUCGUCGUAGCUGCAAAAGUUGGCACGAUUACGCGAUAGGAUCGAGCUCUUCGCUCACGAAAACCAACAAAAAAAAACACACCAAAACGAAGCAACUAGACAGAGAGCGAGAGAAAGAGUGAGCAGACCCCCGAUGCUACGCAUUCAUUCAUAAGAUUCACUCAGCUGCAGCAUUGGGUAAAGAGUAGGAAAAAAAAGCAAAACAACAACAACAACGAGAAGAAAACAACGACAGCAGGAAGAAGUGCAGCCGAAACGAGGAGAAAGACGACGGCGAGAGAAAGGCAGGCGCUCGAGUUAACUUUAACCCUUUUGAGAGCGACGAGGACGGUGAGAGAAAAGGAAAGGAAGAAAUAUUCACGAAACAUACAUAAAGGCAGGAGAGGCUCUCCGUGUGUGCGUCCUGACUCCUGACCGGGGCCGGUAUACGUACUGCGUUGUACAGGUAUAUUGGGGAUUCACGAAGCUCGGAGCUCGGUAGUAGCUGUCAGUGUAUGGGUGCGCGCGCAGCGCCUCGCACAGACACGCACACCAACGGAAUCGCUCGAGCCGCAGGGCUUCGGGCCUCUCGCGACUCACUGUGUGUCUCUUGCAAAAAACCGGUUUCCUCCUGACCAACAUUAUACACAUCCUUUCUUACGUUAUAAACGCACGCACGCACACAGUCGUACUAUAUAUAUAACACAAACAACCGAAAGCAGCUCUGUUUGCGAGCGUAUAUACGCGAGCGAGAAGAGCGACGAGAAAUCGAAAAGAGUAUAAACACGCGUACGUAUACGCGAGAGAAAUAAAGCGAGGAAAAAAGAAGCGAGGAAAAAUAAAGCAAAGAAGAGAAGGAGGAAUCGAGCGGUAUCGAAAUUCCGCAACAGCGAGACCCGAUACACAGACACUGGCACACAAGGUAGAGUCGAUCGCAUCGAUCGUACGCGACGAUCGGCCAGUUAUAUUUAUAGUAGUGUAAGCAGCAGUCGAUUGUCAGCAUAUACGCGCCAUGCGCACGCCAAAGUGAGAAAUAUGUUAUCGAAAAAACAGUGCACGAUAGAUCUGGAGUAGCAGCAGUAGCAGCAGUGGCUGCGGUGGGCCUCGACGCCUUAAAAAUUCAUCAUCAUCGUUAUUGUGCAUGUGCAGUGUCGUCCUCGGUAUAGUGUGCAUGUUGUCGUGUGUCGUCGUGCGGUGCGCGUUGGUGCGCGUGCAGCAGUGUACAACGCUGCAUAGCAGCAGUAGUGUUAAUAAGUAGUGCAUUUUGUUUUUCUCUCUCUCUCCGUACAACAACGACACAACAGGGGGGUGCGCAAAAUCCCUGCCUGCCGCCUCGCGCGCGCGAUCAAAAAAAGAAUCAGGGCAUGAAGUAUGGCCGACAGCCGUCCACCGUCAAGUGUGCGCAGUGCCGUUGUCGGCUUCGCCGAUCGGGACACGGAUCCGCGGCGGGGCGAACGUCGGGCGCUGGUCGCGCGCGGCGCAACGUGGGCGCUCGCCUUCGGUCUGCUCGCCUGCAUAGCGCAAGUGGCGGCCACCGCCAUCCCCACCUGGGCCUACUUUCACAAUCCCGACGCUGGUACAGCGACGGAGACCGGAUACUUCGGGCCUUGGAGACAGUGCAAGUAUCUGCUUUACGGUCGAGAGAGAUGCGGUCAAGGUGUGACGAGACUCAAGCCCCUAUGGACAGUGUGGAUGGCCGGUGUGGCGGCUGCCGGGGCGUCGGUUCUGCUGGGUUUAAUCUUAGUCCUGAGUGUCCUGCAAUUGGCCAUGGCCUCGUCGGCGAAGCGCAUCGUCGUGUCCUACAGCGUGGCAGUCAUCGGCAAGGUCGCCCUCGCUACUCUCGCCACUUGCCUGGCCAUUGCAGCAGCGAGUCUAUUCGCCACGCAGACCGACGAUCGAGAUAACAGUUUCAUUGUGACCCGCGGUGAAGGCUUUUAUUUGCAGGUAGUCUCCAUAGUGCUGAAUUUCGGAGUUCUCGUGUCAGCCAUUUACGAGGGCAUAUACGCGCGACGUGGCGGCGAUCCCACGAGGCUCGGCAGGAACCACUACUCCGAGCACAGAGGAGCGACUUUCAGCAAUCCUGGAUAUCGAGAAAAUCGUCACUCCAAUAAUGGUGAGUUGGCGGCGACGGCGGCGGCGGCUCGAAGCGACGUAGGUGCGAUAUCAAUGGAAGAAAACGUAAUCGGUGGAGGCAUCUCGAUGACGGACGCCUCGGGCAAGCCGUACGUGGGCGGCGGCAGAUCGCAGCACGGCAACGGAUCGAUGGCGAGCGUCGCCACCUCGGGCAUAAGCGUCGUGUCGAGCGUCGGCUCGCCCCUGCGCAGCUCCCUCAAGAAGCCCAAGCCCCUCGGCAUACAGAAUCCGGGCUUCUCGUCCACCUCGCCCCAGCUGCAGCGCAACGGCUCCCAGAAGAAGGUGCGAAUACAGACGCACUCCACGGAGGUAUGAUAUAUCGGUCCGAGUCCGCGCUACGCGCGACGCGGACUCCGGCGGGCCCCCAGCGAUCAUCAUGGCAACAACGGCAGCACGAGGAACGGCGCCAGCAGCAGCAGCAGCAGCAGCAGCUCCCAGCAUCAUCAUCAGGCCAACAAUAAUCAUUACGCGGACCAGAGCGAGGCUCGCGUUGUUAUUGCGACGGCCGAUGAUAAAGCACGCGACGAGCAGCAGCAGCAGCAGCAGCAGCAGUCGUAAACUCGUUAUUCGUUAUUGUUAUGUAAACGCAACCCGUUUGUCGUACCAUUACAUGCGCUUUGAGAAUUUGUACAUAUUCACUAUUAUUACUGUAUGCGAUAUGCCGAUAGAUUAUGUGUAAAAAAAAGAAGAAGAAAAUCAAUCAGUCAUUGUAUUACGAUGCGUCGAUUUUAAAUGUUGUUGUAUAAAACUAUAUAAAGCACUAAAGUUUUUAUUGUCUCGCGUUGAUUUUUAAAUAAUAUUUAUUAUUAUUAUCAUUAUUUUUAUGCUUAUUAUGAUUAUUAUUAUAAUUAUUAUGAUUUUAAAAGUAAAUCUAGCAAACGUGAGAGCGAUGGGUGAUAUUAGUCAAUUUCUGUCCACUUUAUUCCGGCAAAAUAAUAGCAAUUGUUGUUCAAUUUUGUUAAAACCUUUAUCUAAAGCUUACUUUUAUGAAUAUUUAUUAGAUUUAUUUAUUAACAAGUUACACGCGUCAUGUGCAAUUGCAAAGAUCCGAUGAAAAACGAUAGGGCUGUACAUAAUGACACAAUAUGCUUGCGCACAUUGAGAGAGUAACAAAUUAAAGCAAAUCAUUUCGUAUGGUGUGAUUCAUAUUUUAGUAUAAUAUAUUGUACGUUAUUAACUGUUUGUGCAUAUGUAACUGUACAUUAUAAAAGAUAUUAUGUAUUAUAUGCCGGCCCUAACAGUAUCGUAGCUUCUAUUAAUACGCUCAAGUGCUUUAAACUAUUGUCAAUCAAAAUUUGGAUUAUGUAUAUGAUAUAUUGUUACAGAUAAACAAUAAGCUAUAAUAGUCACAACAUUUAAAGCACAACAUUUAUAAUGAAAGUGUUUCGAGAGAGAUCAACUUUUAAUUUCAAAUUGACUAUAGAAUUAUAAUGUAACUAUUUUGUUGACUUUAUACACAUUCGAAUAUAAGAUAAUGAUUAAAAGUAAUUGAAACGAUAAAACUUUUUAAACGCGAUUAUGUGAUAUGUAUUUGAAAUCUUAACUCCAUUAAAAAAUUAUGAUAUUAUACGUAUCCUGGUAGAAAUUGAUGGUAUAUAAUAAAUUGUUGCUUAAUUAUAAAUAUUUAACAAUACGUUAUUACUCACUUAUGCUCUCAUUGAACUUCCCAUUGAAACUAUUGCAUACUUCAAUGCGUCUUCGUAGAAACUAAUUUGAUUCGUUAUAAAUUUUUAAUCGUCACUGUAAAAUAUGCAGAAAAAAGCUAGAGAAAAAUACAUGUUUGCGUGUAAAAUUCAGCUACUACGUGAACAAUUUGUAUGAUAUGUGUUAUGAUUCUUACGAUUAUAACGAAUCCGUCCAGCCCCUUCGACGAGGCAACUUAUUGUCACAUAACGCAAGAAAUUCAUACCUGCAUAUUUUGCUUUUUUUAUAUUAUUAAAUAUUUUACAGCAACCCAAAUAUGGUUCAUAAGUAACACUUACAAUCACCAACUGUUGUACAAUUAAUAAUCAAAUGUCGAUCCCUCGUAACAGUGAUCCGUCCAAACAUACUCGUUUUAAUUUUUUUUCCAUUUUUGCGUCUUAUUGUCAAAAUACAAUUGUACUGCGAUAUUUUCAUGCUUACAUAUAACUUUAUAUAUUUUUUAAUAAAAUAUUACGGUUGAGCUCCAUAGGGGAUGAUUGUAAUUUCGUUAGGCUUUAGUUCAAACUGUAAUUGACGAAAAACCAAAACUACUGAGCUAAUGAUUAACUUUUAGUUAUUUAUGAAAAGAUGGUAUUUGAAGAAUAUACAUUAUAUAUAUAUUAGACGUAAGGUAAAGUGAGCGUAAAAUUUGUAAUUAUCGCGUGUGCGGCUGUGCACACGACAUCAGAAGGUGAAUUUCCAUUUUGUAGUUACUUUAAUGUAAAUGAAUCUUAUGUCGUUGAUUGGUUCUGAUAAUAAAAUUUCAAAUCCAACGACGGAAUAAUAAAAUAUCUAUAAAACUGUGAA